UUUCUCGAUUCUGUCCAUUCUUGAAUUUGCUCACCAAUUUGUCGUAUUAUUUAUUUUCUCUAAUUCAAAGGUAUACAGAGGCUUCAAAUAAAAUAUAAAAGUAUAGCCAACAAGCCAUGAACGUCAGCGACCAGCAACUCAGCAGCACCCCCAGCGCUGCUGCUGACGCAAACGCGGCGCCAAUUUCAAUUGAGCAACUGCGGGUGGCCUUUGAAAACGGCUCACCGACGGUGGUCUACGACAGCCUGCAGCCGUACCUCAGUCUAGAGUCCAAAUCCAACGGUGGUGCCCAGGCCAUAAACGAGAUAUCCGAGUCCAUAGGCAAACUACUUUACCCCUGGUUCCAGAACAGCGAGGCCAUGCGCAGCGACGAGCAGCGGUCGCUGUACAUGCUGCUGCGGCCAGACGGGCGUUUGGUAGAUACACUGUUGCAGUAUCAUCUUUUGCAGCGGCAGCGUGGUUCGUCUGUCUAUGGCCUAGUGGUACAAGUGCAGAGCCUUCCCGUGGAGUUUCAUAGCAGCAGGAGUCCAGCCUUGCCUGCAGAAUUUGCCAGGCGUGUGGAAGCUGCUGGAAACAGCAAUAGUGAUCGGAGCACUGGGUUUAACGUCGACGCGCUCGAAUACUAUAUCUUCCACCUGUGCAAGGCGCUUGUGCCGCCGCGGGAGAACUCCACUGACCUGGCAAGUGGAUCUAUUGAAUAUCCAUCAACAUCGGCAGGGCGCAAGCCAGUCAGCCACGGCGCAGUGGUUUCAGGAUCAGCAGUAUCCUGCUUGGCGCGCGAAUACACAUGUUUUUUCCUUCCCGUGUCUGUGCCCGAGAAGCGGCUCAAUGCCCAAAACGAAUCCGGCGGUGAUGCCAACCCGAUGAAUCAGAUCCAUAGCCGGCUGAGCGACUUUAGCCCGAAUAGAACACAGACAAAUCAACAAGGCGACAUGGGCGAUGCGCGCAAGCCAGGCACGACCGAUGUCGAUCUGCUGGACACCUGCGAGUAUGCGCAGGCGCUCGACCUGGCAACCUACUUUGCUUCGUGCGCGACACUCCUGUGGCUGCCGGUCAUCACCAGGGACUUGCGGGCUUCCAUUCGCAGCGUGGCGCAAAAGGAGGCCGGUGGCCUGCUGGCUGCGAAUGAUCCCAUGUGCGACGCGUCCGGAUGGGUUUGGAUUCCGAGCUUUUCGCACCUGUCGGCGCUGAACCUGUUCCACAUGCUGGUUGGGCACCUUGCCAAGGGCGAGCGGCAGAUGGAACGCUACCACUUGACUGGUGCCCUGCCCCAAACGGCCUCGGCAACUGGGCAGUCUGGGCCUGUAAACCCGCUAAGAAACAACAAUGUGAGCGCGCAGUACAUAGAGGCCUACGACAAGCGCGUCGGCAUGAGCGGCACAAUUCGCGAUACACUGCGGUCGCGGUUGUUAACUGUGUCUGUCGCUGACACACUCGGCCUGAUGCUGGCUUGCUGCAGCCGCGCGGGCAUUGCGGACACAGAUAUUUGGAUUCCGUUUUUGGACGUCACUGCGAGCAUAUGGAUUCGGUACAUAAUGCCCUGGCGCAGCUCGAGGACAGACAGCCCCAGUAGCACCGCUGCAGAUGCGCUGUCGCCCGUGUGGCAGUCGCGAAUCCCGCUGAUGAUGAAGGGCAUGUCGUCUGUGCUCUAUGGCCAGGCAUUCGCGCUGUUUUUGCGCCAGAUCUCGUCACCGAACGUCGAUUUACUCGCGCACACGGUGCAGACGCUGGGCGAGCAACCCGGCCAUGGCGUGCAGUCAUGGAUUAACGGCGCCGUGGGCUCGGUAUUUGGCCACGGUCAUAACAUGGACGCGCUGACGGUGGUUGAGCGCGUGGUCAGUGCAUUCACAAGCACUGAACUUCGCGCCAUCCUCGCGGCUGUCGAGCGACUCCAGCUGGAUGCAUUCCCGCACCUGCGCAGCCAGAUGGGCGUAGACACGCCCACUGUGGUGCCCACACUCGGCCCCACCAUUGAGAAUGGAAUGAUGGCCACGCCGACCAAAGCGCCGAGCGUCAGGCCACCGCAGCAGCAAUUGCAGCAGCAGAACAAGGGGCAGAAGGACGGCGCAUUCUUCGAGUACCUUGUCGCAACCGCACAGCAGCACUUGGCGCCAUACGCCUCAGAGAGCCUUUCCUUCCGCAGCGGGUCGCAGGUGCUCGACACCAUGGUGCUGGGCGCGCUUGGAAACCCGCCUAUAUGCAUUGUGUUUGGCCGUCCUCCCGCGCCGCUGCUCCAGACCGUUGUGCACGCCCUGCAUGGCGCCGAGCUUUUGGCCGAGAGGCAGCUCCGGCUGAUUGUGCCCGAGGGAAGCUCCGACCAGGCGCGGUCACUGGUCUCUGACAUCUUCCUCGUGAUUUCACGUGUCUUUUCAGCCACCGAUUCUGAUCCUGGUGCGCGGCCGUGGGCGUCGGGUGGUAGCGGCAUUGGUGACGUGUCUGACCGUCUGGGCGGAGCCAGCGAGACAAUGCGCGCACGCGCCCAGGCCUUGCACGAGGCCCAGGGCCGCAUUGCGUCGCUGUAUAAGCGUCUAGCUGCAGUGUUCUACGUACCCCGCCAAGUCAUCGAGGAGAUCAAGAUGUCACAGGACGAUACGCUGUUUUCGCUGGGCAUGUCCACUGGGAAAAGCAACGGGUUCGGCCAGCGCCUGGCCGCGCGUAGCAACCCGAGCGAGUGGGCCGGGAGUGGGGGUGUGAGCUCCCCUGAUAUGGAGCACGGCGCGCUUACGCCGCGUGGCCGCUGGGAACUCAAGACAGGAAGAAAAAAGUUUACCACGCAGUCGCUGCUGGCAUCGCCCCGGGGCUCGGCAACCCCCACUGGCGACAGUGCCCGGAGAUCGAUGCUGGGACCAUCCCUGCAGAUGCAGUCUCCGCCGCCCAGAUGGAAUGUACGAGAGAGUUCUGCCAAAGUCGGAGCCGACUUUGAGACUGAUGCUGCGCUACUGCCACGGGGGCCCCGCGCGCUAUACGUGGCCAGGUCGUACGAGAACCAGUGGCUGUUGGACCACACCUUGUGGCUCGACGUGGUUGCCAACGACUGCUUCCAAAAGCUGCUCAAUUUGUUCGAGUCCAUGUCAUACCCGAUUCCGCCGUCGCUGCGCGCAUACACGCUGAAUUUUAGAUGGCUGGCUGCAUACCAGAACAUCAGAUUCUUUGCCGUGCUGUUCCUGGCCGUGUGGCUCUUCCGGUUCCUGUUUUUUUGAUUUAAUAAUUGCUGCUACCGCAUUCUCUUUUAUAAUUUUUUGCAAUAAAUUAAACAUGUUUAGCUUUA